UUCUGCGCCGUGCCGGAGGAAUUUUACUGCGAAGUUUUGCUCCUGGACGAAUCCAAGUUAACCCUCACCACUCAGCAGCAGGGCAUCAAGAAGUCGACCAAAGGUUCUGUCGUCCUCGGCCACGUGUUCCGGCACGUAAACCUUGCGGAGAUAGAUUACUUUGGGCUGCGUUACUGCGACAGAAGCCAUCAGACGUACUGGCUGGAUCCCGCCAAGACCCUGGCUGAGCACAAAGAACUGAUCAACACUGGACCUCCAUAUACCUUGUAUUUUGGUAUUAAAUUCUAUGCCGAAGAUCCAUGUAAACUUAAAGAAGAAAUAACCAGGUAUCAGUUCUUCCUGCAGGUGAAGCAGGACGUCCUCCAGGGCCGGCUGCCCUGCGCCGUCAGCACCGCCGCCCAGCUGGGAGCCUAUGCCAUCCAGUCGGAGCUGGGCGAUUAUGACCCGUACAAGCACACCACCGGCUACGUGUCCGAGUACCGCUUCGUUCCCGAUCAGAAGGAGGAGCUUGAGGAGGCCAUCGAGAGGAUCCACAAGACUCUCAUGGGUCAAGCUCCCGCUGAGGCCGAGCUGAAUUACUUGAGGACUGCCAGGUCCCUGGAGAUGUAUGGCGUGGACCUCCAUCCUGUCUACGGGGAGAACAAGUCGGAGUAUUUCUUAGGACUAACUCCGGUUGGUGUCGUUGUCUACAAGAAUAAAAAGCAAGUGGGCAAGUACUUCUGGCCUCGGAUUACCAAGGUUCACUUCAAGGAGACUCAGUUUGAACUCAGAGUACUGGGAAAAGACUGCAAUGAGACUUCCUUCUUUUUUGAAGCUCGAAAUAGAAGUGCUUGCAAACACCUGUGGAAGUGCAGUGUAGAACAUCACACGUUUUUUAGAAUGCCAGAAAAUGAGUCAAAUUCAUUGUCAAGAAAACUCAGCAAGUUUGGAUCCAUGAGUUACAAGCACCGGUACAGUGGCAGGACCGCUCUGCAGAUGAGCCGAGACCUCUCCGUUCAGCUCCCCCGGCCGGAUCAGAGUGUGGCAAGAAGUCGAAGCAAGACGUACCCCAAGAGGGCAGCGCAGAGCCAGCCGGCCGGGUUAAACAGCGUAAAUCAGAUAACUGCGAACGUGGAAAAUGGAGACCACGAAGGAACGGCUAAAGUCCUUGCACCCUCCCCGAUGAAAAGCUUUAAGAAAGCAAAGAAUGAAAACAGCCCUGAUACCCAAAGAAGCAAAUCUCACGCGCCGUGGGAAGAGAACGGCCCCCAGAGUGGCCUCUACAACUCCCCCAAUGACCGCACAAAGUCACCAAAGUUCCCCUACACACGUCGCCGAAACCCCUCCUGCGGCAGCGACGACUCCGUGCAGCCGGUGAGGAGAAGGAAGGCCCAUAACAGCGGGGAGGACUCCGACCUAAAGCAGAGGAGGAGGUCGCGCUCCCGCUGCAACACCAGCAGUGGGAGUGAGUCGGAAAACUCCCACAGAGAGCAUCGGAAGAAGAGAAACAGAAUACGGCAGGAGAACGAUAUGGUUGAUUCAGCGCCUCAGUGGGAAGCCGUAUUAAGGAGACAAAAGGAAAAAAACCAAGCGGACCCCAACAACAGGCGAUCCAGACACAGAUCUCGCUCGAGAAGCCCUGACGUCCAGGCUAAAGAAGAGCUGUGGAAACAUAUUCAGAAGGAGCUGGUGGACCCAGCCGGACUCUCAGAAGAGCAGCUGAAAGAGAUCCCAUACACUAAGAUAGAGACUCAAGGCGACCCGAUCCGCAUCAGGCACUCGCACUCGCCGCGCAGCUACCGCCAGUGCCGCAGGUCGCAGUGCUCGGAUGGUGAGCGCUCGGUCCUCUCGGAGGUGAACUCCAAAACGGAUCUCGUACCUCCACUUCCGGUGACGCGGUCCUCGGACGCUCAGGGCUCCGGUGGCUCCACAGUUCACCAGAGAAAAAAUGGAUCUAAAGAUAGCCUGAUUGAAGAAAAGUCUCAGACAUCUACAAGCAGCCUUGCUGGAAAACACACUGCAAAAACAGUAAAAACUCUCCAGGCUUCCCGCCUCAAGACAGAGACUUAACCCUGGUGGAGGGCCAGGGAAGGGGUGCGCAGGUUUGCCACUGGUACUUUUAAACUGUGAAUUAGGGCACUAUUCAGAUAUUUGGGACUCAAGACCCUCUCAACUCCAGGAGAAAGCACUGCUGCUGCUUGUAAAGGUUUAACUACAGUGUUUGUGCUGAAGGGCCUUUCAGCUGUGGAUCGUUUUGUAAAAACCCACUUGACGCCACGUUCCUUCCUGAAACAGGGUAACAGAGGCCAGAUACCAGAGGCCCCAGUGUUCUGGAGCCUGGGCUGCGGCUGGCCGGCUGUGCAGAAGCACCAGUGGGUGUACUCCCAGCGCCAGGCCGCACUCGGCUGGUGGCCAGGUGCACGAGGACAGGCAUCGCUAGACCGCCAUUUCUAUUGUAUAAAUGUCAAGCUCUUUGUAACGCCAGGUUUUGUGGCACUAAGUUCCACUGGUUAUUUACAAAUGACGUAAGAAGCUUUUGUGUUUUAAGUGUUUAA